AUGAACGCGCCGUAUCCGGACCAGCGGCCGCCGUACGGGCGUGACGACUUCCGCGGCCGCCACCGCAGUGACAGUCGCGACAACUACGACAUGCGGUUCCGCGGACCUCCGCGCGGCCGCAGCCGCAGCCGCAGCCCCCCGCGCCGCGGCAGGGAUUGGGACUCGGGCCCGCGCUUCGAGGAGGGUCCUCCGCGCCGUGACGCGCGCCCGUCGUCGUCGCUGCCCGAGCCGCUCGUGUCGUACAAGGUGUGGAUGAUGCGGCAGACGGACGAGGUGUCGCCCGAGGUCUACCAGCAGCGCUACGAGGAGUACAAGAAGAAGCACGUGCAGCGCGUGCUGCGCGCCUUCUUCGAGCUGCACAAGCGCGAGGAGUGGCUGCAGGAGCGCUACUCGCCGGCGCUGCGCCACCGCGUGGAGAAGCAGAAGACCACGCAGCAGAUCAACGAGGCCAAGCAGUUCGGCGAGCGCGUUCGCUCCGGCGCCGCCAAGAUCUGUCUGGACGAGCAGCCGCCCGUGGUGAACGGCGUCAACCCGCUGGGCGAGGACUUCGCCAAUGAUCUCGAGAACAGCGCGCGCGUGCUGUAUGUGCGCCGCGUGCCCUGCGCGUGCCCUGUGGCUACGCUCAGCGAGACGAUCAAGAAGGCGGGAGGACCGUUCGUGCACCUGUACCUGUCGGACCCGGUGAAGAAGAGCGCGUUCGACUUUGACCGCUCGGCGUACAUCAUCUACGAGAGUGCGGCCGCUGCGAGUGACGCCAUGCCCAAGAUCCACAACACUUUCGUGGAGGACGGCAACCUGUUCCCGCCGUUCCGUCUGCAGGUGUCUCCGCACCGCGCUCGUGCACCGCUCAAGACGCCGUCGUACUUGUCGGUGCCUGAGCGUCUGACCGCGGACUUUAAGCAGGCUACCGCUCUGGCCAAGGCGCUGGACGAUCGUUUGUUCCACGGAGCCGAGGAAAAGCUUGCACGUUUUGGAGUUGAAGCGCUGCUGGCGUCGGAGGAGGUGGCACAAAAUUACUCGACUGAUAAGCAGAAGCUGGACGUAGUCGUGGCCUACUUGCGCCGCGUGCACCACUAUAUUUAUUAUGCCGGUGUGCAGUGCCUCGACAUGGGUGACAUCAUGCAUGCUCACCCUGCGCUCUUCUGCCGCCCACCGCCGUCGGCACGCGACAUUGAGGAAGAGAAGGCUCGCCAGGAAGCUGCUGCCAACACUGCGAAGCCGGAGGAAGAUGCCUCGACUGAGGAAAACAAGGACGAUGCUGCGAACACUGAAGCCGGAGACAAGGAGGCUACAACCGCAGGCGAGACCGCGAAGGCCAUCGGCGGAUGGGCUGCAGCGUUGGAUGAAAAGGUGCAGGCGUACUUGAAGGAGCUGGCGCCGGAUGUUGUGGAGGCGAAGCGAGCGAAGGACCGUGCGCUGGUCGACGAGAUUGAGACGCGCGAGGAGGCUGCGCUGGAAAGCACCUACUCGAACUACGGCGAGAAGGCCAGCGACGACGGUAAGCACCGUUGCCGACUGUGCACGAAACUCUUCAAGGCCAUGGACUUCGUGAAGAAGCACAUCCGCAACAAGCACCCGGAGCUGGUGGUGGAUAAGGUUGCCGAAGUGGGCGAGAGCUACAUGUGGGAACAGUACCGCGAAGACGAGCAGCACCCGAUGCCUCCUCUCGAGACCAGCAAUAAUGCCCCUGGAGGUGCCGUUCUCGGAGGUCGUGCAGGCUCCAACGGUGGCCGCAAUGGCGGCGGAUACCGUGGACGACCCGACCGAGACUUCAACGGAGGUGGUGGCGGCCGCGGCUUCUACCGCGAUGAUGGCUACCGAGGUCGCGGCCCACCGCGUGACGACCGCAUGCGGAGAGGUUCCUUUGACCGCCCGCCGCGCUCACCUCGGUACAAUGGCGGCGGUGGCUAUGGCCGCUCUCCCUCUCGUGGACCUCCAUCCGGCCCACCGCGCGUUCCAGACAGCGAGCUGCCUGUGGACCCUCGCCAAGUGUCUACGUCGUACCGCGACCUGGACAACCUGCAGGACACCAAGGUGGAGCUGAGUUUCGACGCGCUGGACAGCUUGCCGCCUCCCAAGAAGAAAACUAAGGUGUGA